AUGGCGCAAACGCAACAAGCAUCCCCAAUCUGCCUCGACAUCAUCGUCGUCGGGGCCGGUCUUAGCGGACUCGCGGCUUCAAUAUCAUGCGCAUUAUCUGGCCACCGUGUGACCAUCGUUGAGUCGGCCAAAGAGCUUCUGGAAAUUGGCGCUGGGUUACAGGUGACGCCUAACUCGUCCCGCCUACUGCAAGCGUGGGAUCUACACGGUCAGCUCUGGGAAUCCGGCGCCGAACCAUCUUGCCUUACUGUGCACCGGUACAGCGACGGCAAGGUCCUCGCCCACGACGCCGACUUUGAUCAAAAGAUGCGCACGCGCUAUGGCGCGCCCUUUGUCGAUUUCCACCGCGUCGAUGUGCAGUUGGCGCUUGCUGCACGAGCAAGGGAGCUGGGCGUCACCUUUCGCAUGGGCCAGAAGGUGGAGGAUGUGGAUUUCGAGAGCGCUACCGUCCACCUGUCCUCUGGUGCGAGUGCUACAGGAGACCUCAUAAUCGCAGCCGACGGUCUUUGGUCUCGGUGUCGAGACUGCUUCUUUGGCCGCAAGGAUCCCCCGAAGCCUACGGGCGACCUGGCUUACCGCAUCGUUCUCGACCUGGAUCAGAUCCCCGAAGGAGAACUGCGGGAGCGAGUCGCCAGUCCCGCCGUGCAUUUUUGGAUUGGACCUGGCGGACACGCCGUCGGUUACUCACUACGUGGUGGUAGCAUGUACAACAUUGUACUCUUGGUGCCAGAUGAUCUCCCGGAAGGCGUCAGCAAGCAGCCAGGAUCCGUGGAAGAAAUGCGUGCGCUUUUCGCCGACUGGGAUCCAGUGCUGAGGCAAUAUCUUGACCUCGUGGACUCUGUCGACAAGUGGAAGUUGAUGCAUCGAGAUGAGCUGCCACGCUGGGUCAAUGACAAGUCCAACUUCGUAUUCAUUGGGGACGCCUGUCACCCCAUGCUGCCCUAUCUCGCUCAAGGAGCAAACUCUGCCAUAGAAGACGGCGCAGUACUCGGGCUGCUGCUUGGGUAUAUUCAGAAGAAGGAACACAUACCGCAGGCUCUCCACAUGUAUGAGCGUCUGCGCAAGACAAGAGGUGAAGCCAUCGUACGCGAGACUUUUGCGCAGAGGAAAGCGUUCCACAUGCAAGAUGGACCGGAGCAAGUGAGUCGGGAUGAAUUAUUCCUCUCGCAACUGGGCUCAGAGCUCCAGGCCCCGUACCCCAGCAGAUGGUCGUGCCCCGACGUCCAGAAAUGGCUCUACGGGUACAAUGCAUUCAAGGAGGUCCAAGAAGCUGUCCAGCAGGACCCAUUCCGGGAAUGGAGUUUCAGCGCGAGCCUAUAG